GUAAAAUGUUGGUUGCACGCCCAAUACAGCGAAUCCUGGUCGCAAACAGAGGCGAGAUUGCUGUUCGAAUUCUCCAAGCUACAAGAGAAGCCUGUCCAUCGAUUAAAACAUACGCCUUGUAUACAGACAAUGACCGCACCCAUUGCGAUAUUGGGCGCCCCCAUCAUGCGUUGCACAUUACCCCAGAUGGGUAUUUGGACAUCGAGCUUUUGGUUCGACUCGUCCAGCAACACGCAAUCGAUGCAAUCCAUCCAGGAUAUGGCUUCCUGAGUGAAAGUGCCGAGUUUGCAAGGCGUAUGCAAGAUCUUGGAGUCAUUGUUAUAGGGCCUGGCUGGGAAGCAUUGGAUCGCACGGGAGACAAGCUCAGAGCGAAGCAACUGGCGGUGGAGAACAACGUUCCUGUAUUACCGAGCCUGGAAUACGACAUGGCCACUCCGCGUGCAACAGGCCUUGGAAAGAUCAAAUCAUUCGCUCAUAAUGUGGGAUACCCGGUCAUGAUCAAGGCCGUCGACGGCGGCGGAGGACGGGGCAUCCGACUCGUCCAUAGAGACGACGACCUGGGGCACGCCGUGCGCGCAUCUGCAGCUGAGUCUCCAUCACAAACAGUAUUUGUGGAAAAAGCAGCCAUAGACGGGUUUCACCAUAUAGAGAUCCAAAUCGUGGGUGAUGGUAAAGACGUGCAGCAUCUGUGGGAGCGCGACUGUAGCGUGCAGCGACGGUUCCAAAAGAUUGUUGAAAUCGCGCCAUCAUUGAUCCGCGAUAGAAAUCAGGAGCUGGUCAGCAGAAUAGCCGACGCAGCAGUACGCAUGAUGAAGGCCAUCCGUUAUCGAUCUCUUGGGACUGUGGAGUUUCUGGUCAACGAACAACUCAAUGAAUUCUACUUCCUCGAGAUCAACCCGCGGAUCCAGGUGGAACACACUAUCACGGAAGCCAUCACGGGCGUUGACCUGGUCCAGACCCAGCUACUCAUAGCACAAGGAUACUUCCUUGCGCAACUUGGCUUGGACACUUGCCCCAAAGCCCGCGGUCACUGCAUUCAACUUCGGCUAUGCUCCGAGGAUCCGCGCGCCAAUUUCUCGCUGAGUGUGGGAAAGGUGAUGGACUUUAGCGUUCCUACUGGUAAUGGAGUCCGACUCGAUACUCACAUAGAUGUGACAGGCCUCAGCCCAGUGGUUGUGGGCGCCCAGUUCGACAAUUUACUAGCCAAAAUCAUUGUCUCGGGUUCAUUGACUUGGCAAGCAACAGUUUUGAAAGCACGGAGGGUGCUAGCGGAUACGAGGAUCUCGGGUGUCAAAACAAAUUUGGACCUGCUGCGAGGCAUUAUUGGUCAAGAAAGCUUCCUCAAUGGGAGCGCAGAUACACAAUGGCUAGAAAGACACCUCGAUCAAGUCGUGCAAGAGGGGGUGAGCACCUCGGGCUCACUGCAGGCUGCGGCUCCGUCAUCCCACCAGACUGGCGCCCCAAGCAUGCCCCAGUCCAAUCUGUUGUUCCGACCAGGCGAUGCAUGGUCGAUCACUCUUGAGCCUUUGUCCAGUCAACGGGAAACACAGCAGCAGCAUCACAUCCAGCUCACACGUGUAUUGCAAAAUGAUUUCCCAGCAUCCAUUUCGGCAGAGGUGCAGUAUUCCACACCGUCAUCCUCCACGGCGUAUCGGGUGAAGUUGGAAACCACGAAUACCACUGCAUCAGCCUUGGUCUCUUCGCAUCGCCGUGGAGAUCCCCGCAAUCCACGGCACAUCGUGCUGCCGUUAUCGGGUAAGCUCAUCGAGGUACUUGUGCUUCCUGGCGACAUUAUAGAAGAAAACCAAGUCGUCGCUUUUGUGAAACAGAUGAAAAUGGAACUUGAGGUAAGAAGUCCACGAGCAGGGCGUGCACAAUGGGUUUAUGAAAUGGAGGAGGAGGAAGAGGAUGUAGCGGAAGGCAUCCUCCUGGUAGAACUAGAAGAGGAACUGCGGGGGAAGCUAUAA